UAAGGAUUCUCCAGUACUUCUCUAUUUAUACAUACAACUCUUCCUUAAGCUUCUCCUCACUGCAAAAUCGCUUCUUCCACUACCCCUCAGAAGCACUUUCUCUCUCCCUUAAUCCAUUCAACAUUCAACAUGAUUGCGGAGUUAAAAGAGUCUUCUCUCAUCGGGAAGGAGCUUAUUGUCAAGCAAGGAGAGCCCACACUUGUCCCCCCAGCUGAGGAAACACAAAAGGGCUUGUACUUCCUCUCCAACUUGGAUCAAAACAUUGCGGUGCCUGUCCAAACCAUCUACUGCUUCAAAUCAGAUGAGAGGGGGAACGAAGAAGCCGCUACAGCGGUGAAGGACGCGCUUUCGAAGGUCCUCGUGCACUACUACCCGCUCGCGGGGCGGCUUGCGAUAAGCGCGGAAGGGAAGCUCAUCGUCGACUGCACGGGCGAAGGCGCGGUGCUCGUGGAGGCCGAGGCCGACUGCGACAUGGAGGAUGUCGGCGAUAUCACGAAGCCCGACCCGCCGACUCUCGGCAAGCUUGUGUACAAUAUUCCGGGGGCGAAGAACAUCUUGGAGAUCCCUCCUUUGGUGGUUCAGGUGACGAAAUUCCGGUGCGGCAGCUUCGUCCUGGGCCUGGCGAUGAACCACUGCAUGUUCGACGGCCUCGGCGCGAUGGAGUUCGUGAACUCGUGGGGGGAGACGGCCCGCGGCCUGCAGCUGUCGGUGCCGCCAGUCCUCGACCGCACCGUCCUCCGCGCCCGCGACCCCCCGGUCCCGCGGUUCCCCCACCACGAGUUCGCAGAGAUCGAGGACCUCUCCGACACCGCCGCCAUCUUCAACGAGGAGCUCCUCUACCGCAGCUUCCUCUUCGACCCCGAGAAGCUCGACGGCCUCAAACGGAAGUCCGCCAUGAAGUGCACGUCCUUCGAGGCGCUCUCCGGGCUCGUGUGGAGGGCGCGGACGGACGCGCUGCGGCUGCACGGGGAGCAGCGGACGAAGCUGCUCUUUGCGGUCGACGGGCGCGCCAAGUUCGAGCCCCCACUACCCAAGGGAUAUUUUGGGAACGGGAUCGUGCUGACCCAUGCUUUAUGCGCGGCGGGGGAGCUCCUCGAGCGGCCGCUGUCGUACGCGGUCGGGCUGGUGCAGGACGCGGUGAGGCUGGUGACGGACGAGUACAUGAGGUCGGCGGUGGAUUUCUUCGAGGCGACGCGGGCGCGGCCGUCGUUGACUGCCACGCUGCUGCUCACUACUUGGUCUAGGUUGGCAUUCAAUGACGCAGACUUCGGGUGGGGCGAGCCGGUCCAGUCGGGGCCCGUGACGCUCCCGGAGAAGGAGGUGGUCCUCUUCCUCUCCCACGGGAAGGAGAAGCGGAGCAUCAACGUGCUUCUUGGCCUGCCCACUUCUGCCAUGGUGAGGUUCCAAGAGAUAAUAGAGGAGAUAUAAAGUUGAAAUUGUUGCGUUCGCCCGGUGCGCCAUGUCGGUCUGUGCACAAUCUCUGAUUAGCCUUUCAUCUUAUUUCAUACUUCAAUUUUCACCAUUUAGUGACGGUGGAAUAGAAUGAAGGACAAAUCAUAGGCGGUUCACCAGCUGACAUGGUACACUAGGUACGAACAAUAAUUUCUCAAUAUAGAAUAAGGAGGAGAAGGAAACCUUUGUUUUAAUUUGGAGCGUUAUUACAUAAGCUUUGUGUAUGAAAGGUAUUCGUUAUUUUACUGCUGCUGCAGAUACAAUAGAUAAAAUAAUUUGUGUAGUUUUAUUUUAUCAGUGCUUCUCUGUCGGCAACGACGGGGUGAUAUUUAGUGAAAACAGUUAAAAUUUGGAAAUUUCAUGAGGUCGAUUGUAAUUGUAUGCUUAUGAAUUAGAUAUGUGGGCGAUUGAUUGUUCUUUAUUAUAGUAAGGUGUUAAUUUGUUCGCAAAUUGUAAAAGAAAUCAUGUUUAUGAAUGAUAAAUAUGAUGUUAUGUACGA